CUGUGACGUAUGAUUCGUGAGUCCCGCCUCCAUAUAGAAUUCGCUGAACAGGCUAAUGUAAAUUUAUAAGAUUAACUAAGUAAAACUGGAUUUACCACUCAUGUCAGCGUAGUCUUAAAUGUUAUAUUUGCAAGCAGCAGAACCACCAAGAGAGAUAUGCUGCAGAGGGUCGCUUUGCUCCAGCGUGCGGUUCUGCAUUCACCUGCAAUACGAAGCCUGUCCUCCGGCUCUGUGGACAUCACGGCCCCGCUGAACUUCUGGGGUGGCAAAAGAAGGGAGAGCAAAGAAAGAAACAAUGUGGAGAACGUCUACGAGCCUUCAACAGGGCGCGUCCUGUGCAAGUUGGCACCAUGUGGUGCUGCAGAGGUGGACCAGGCUGUGGAGGUAGCCAAGUCGGCCUUUGGUCCCUGGAGUAAAAUGUCUGGAAUGGAGAGAGCAAGGGUGAUGAUAGAAGCUGCUCACAUCAUUGAGAAAAGGAGAGAGGAGAUUGCUGAAAUGGAAGUUGUCAACAAUGGCAAGUCCAUCACAGAGGCGCGUCUGGAUGUGGACUCUGCUCGAUUGUGUAUAGAGUACUAUGCAGGAUUGUCCAGCACUCUUGCGGGUCAGCAUGUGCAGUUGCCAGGCGGAUCUUUCGCCUACACACGCAGGGAGCCUUUGGGUGUAUGUGUUGGCAUUGGUGCUUGGAAUUACCCUUUCCAGAUUGCUGCUUGGAAAUCAGCCCCAGCACUGGCCUGUGGCAACACCAUGGUGUUCAAGCCAUCCCCUGUCACGCCUGUGACAGCGGUCAUGCUGGCAGAGAUCUAUGAUGAAGCAGGAUCUCCACAGGGUCUCUUUAAUGUGGUGCAAGGGGGCCAGCAGACAGGUAGUUUACUCUGCCACCACCCUGAUGUUGCAAAGGUGUCCUUCACUGGGAGCGUUCCAACUGGACAGAAGAUUAUGAAAACGGCAUCCAAAGGGGUCAAACCAGUGACUUUGGAGCUUGGCGGAAAAUCUCCCCUGCUCAUCUUUGAGGAUAGUGACCUGGAAAAUGCAGUACGGGGUGCUCUCAUGGCAAACUUCCUUUCUCAAGGCCAGGUUUGUAGCAAUGGGACUCGAGUUUUUGUCCAGAAGGAUAUUCUGCACAAAUUUGUAAAUGAGGUGGUGAAAAGGACGCAGGCUAUUGAGAUUGGCGAUCCACUAUUGGAGAGUACCAAAAUGGGAGCGCUGGUCAACCGGACACAUUUAGAGAAGGUCCUGGCUUUUGUGGAUCAAGCAAAGAAGGAGGGAGCCACUGUAUUGUGUGGGGGUGAGCCUUUUAUCCCUUCAGACCCUAAACUCAGACAUGGAUACUACAUGACUCCCUGCGUACUGGUGAAUUGCAGAGAUGACAUGACCUGUGUAAGGGAGGAAAUCUUCGGUCCCGUUAUGUCUGUGUUAUCCUUUGAAACAGAAGAGGAGGUGCUGGAGCGAGCUAAUGAUACAACCAUGGGAUUAGCUGCUGGAGUUUUCACCAGGGAUGUCCAGCGUGCCCACCGUGUGAUUGAACACCUCAAAGCUGGUUCCUGUUUCAUUAACAACUACAAUAUCACUCCUGUUGAGGUUCCCUUUGGAGGUUUUAAAAUGUCAGGCAUUGGGCGGGAGAACGGACAGGUGACGAUUGAGCACUACUCUCAGCUGAAGACAGUGUAUGUAGAGAUGGGGGAUGUUGACAGCCUUUUCUAGGAACCAUAGAACUACGGGAAAAUACAAGUACAGUACUGGAACGCCAACGGUAUGAAGUAAACGCAUCACUCAAGCGGCGCUCAUGCUGCCAUUAAACUUCCGAGUGAUUGUUGAGUGAGCCCGAGAUAUACGUAUUUGAGGAAGCAUUGCACUCUGAAAUAUGAUGGACAUUGUCACGAAUGCCUAAUAUAUCAAAGUUUUGCUAGUUAUUCAAUAUUAAAGACAUAUAUUUCCACAUUCAUUUGUUCACAUAAUCAACACUGUAUGCCUUUUUUCAAAGUGCCUUUUAUUAUUAUGCAUAAAAAAUGUAAUGUUUUUUAAUUCUGAAAUUAUUUAUUAAACGCACUGGUCACAAUGUGCAAAUUGAUUACAGAACAAUGACUUUCUGCCUUGUGAAAAGUAAUUGAAACAACAUCUUGAAAAUAAAGGUAAGAUAACAAUCAACUGUGUUCAGUGUAUAACAUGGAAAACAGUACAUCGGUGUUUACUGUGCUAUUUAUCCCAGGGGAAAUGUUCCAUUUAGUGUCUU